GGUUACUCUGGAUGGACUGCAUGAUGCACAUCCUGGAGUCGCUAAAUGAAGUCACUAGCUUGUGUUUAUGUGUGAUGGCUUAAUAUAGACAGGGACAUUGAGUGAAAAGUUGGGGAUAGCGUGCUUUGUCAGGGGAAUCGGAACGCUGUGACCCAUGUGCUAUUGCAACCAAGGAAGUGGCCAGAAGCACCAUGAGAACGUAUACACGUCGACUUUCUUGGGCCUUUCAAAGUGGAUUGAUGCCCACGUCCUGACUACAGCAAAUUCAGCUAACACGAUAGUUAAACAGUGCACGAAGUUUGCAACCUUCGGUCUCCCGGAAACACUAGUGUCAGAUAAUGGAACAGCAUUCACCAGUGCCGAAUGUACUGCCUUUCUUUUCUCAAAUGGCAUUCGACACUCAACUACUACGCCUUCUCACGCAUCAUCAAACGGUUUGGCUGAGACAGCUGUGCAAACAACGGAGAAUAUUUUACUGAAACAUCCAGCAGCCCCCUGCAUAUGUGUAUAGACCAUGCAUUUUUCGCUUAUGGAAACAUGGCGAACGAAACCACCGAUAGAAUAAAUAAAUAAAUAAACCUUUUAUUCCUCGACAGUGCGAGGCACAGACCAAUUGAGUGGUCUUAUUGACAUGUACGGCGUGAUCGCAUAAUAUAG